AUGACAGCCCAAGUUUUCGACGUCUUUCGCAAGCCAAGGUUCGAUGAAUCCAUCACUAAAGUGGAGUGGCGUACCUAUCACCCGUACGUCAAAUCGUUUGAGAAGAAUGACAUCAUAGACAUUACUAUUAAUCAGGCAGAUGUCUGGCUCGCUAUGUUCGAGGGUGUUCUCAUCGUAAAAGCCAAAUUAGAAGUUGUUGGAGGUGGUACGGGCACUUUAACUCACAAUGCCGGCGCAUAUCUCUUUGAAUCUUGCACAUAUGAAUUGUGCAAUAAGGAAUUGGACGCAGCGCGAUAUCCAGGAAUAACGAGUACCGUAAGAGGAUAUUUAUGUUAUGCUCCUGAAGAUUCACACCACCUAGCAAUAGCAGGGUGGAACUACCCAAACGCUCCCAUCCUUAAUGCCGAUAAGACGUUCACCAUGAACAUUCCAUUGAAACAUUUGUUCUCCAUAUUCAAUGAUCAUCAGGUAGCAACGUUAGGAAAACAGUCGAUUCGUUUAGUUCGAUCACGCACUGACGCCAACAGUGUGAAGGUUGUUGAAAGGCCGAGUAAUUCUAUCCAAGGAGCUCCUCUUACGCAAAGUAGCGUCAGAAUCAUUAUCGACAGCAUUACUCUAAAGGUACCGCAUCUCACUCCGAACGAUGACAUCAAAUUUCAAUUGUUGAAACGUGUGCGAGCCGAUGAGCCUAUGAUAGUAGCGUUUCGUAAAUGGGAACUACAUGAGCUUCCAGCACUCACGCAAAACUCCACCACCGAAGUUUGGUCUGUGAAAACUUGUUCGGCAAUGGAGAGCCCCAGAUAUAUCGUAGUCUUUUUUCAAACGAAAAAGAUUGAUGAUAUACAUGAGGAUGUCACAUUGUUUGAUCACGCCAACAUCAAAUCCUUACGAUUGGCUCUGAAUGGUGACUACUAUCCACAGGAACGAGUACUCCUGGAUUUUUCCAACAAUCAAUACGCCGAUGCCCACUUCAAUUACUCUGAAUUCAACAAAAGCUAUCAAAAUUGUGUUCAGAAGCGUCCUCUGGUGAACUUUUCCGAUUUCAAAACUCAUCCUAUGUUCGUCAUCGAUUGUUCGAGAAGAAGUCUCGGUCCGAAGGCAUCGACAGUCGACAUCAAGUUGGAGAUUGAAGCAACUACGGGUUUUCCUGCAGGCACCAAGGCCUAUUGCAUCAUCAUUCACGAUCAAAUCAUGGAACACCUCCCACUCAGCGAAAUUGUUCGAAUCAUUGAUUGA